CCAGGGGCCGCGGACUUCUGCGCGCCCUGCCCUCCCCUGGGCACUACGCCAGUGAGCUCCCAGCGCCCCCAGCCCCUUCGACUGCCACCGCCGCGAUGCUGCCCUGGAGACGUAACAAAUUUGUGCUGGUGGAGGACGAGGCCAAGUGCAAGGCGAAAAGCCUGAGCCCGGGGCUCGCCUACACGUCGCUACUGUCCAGUUUCCUGCGCUCCUGCCCGGACCUGCUGCCGGACUGGCCGCUGGAACGCCUGGGCCGCGUAUUCCGCAGCCGGCGCCAGAAAGUGGAGCUCAACAAGGAGGACCCGACCUACACCGUGUGGUACCUGGGCAACGCCGUCACCCUGCACGCCAAGGGAGAGGGCUGCACCGACGACGCGGUGGGCAAGAUCUGGGCGCGCUGUGGGCCGGGCGGGGGCACCAAGAUGAAGCUGACGCUGGGGCCGCACGGCAUCCGCAUGCAGCCAUGCGAGCGCAGCGCAUCUGGGGGCUCGGGGGCCCGGAGGCCGUCGCACGCCUACCUACUGCCGCGCAUAACCUACUGCACCGCGGACGGACGCCACCCCCGCGUCUUCGCCUGGGUCUACCGCCACCAGGCGCGCCACAAGGCCGUGGUGCUGCGCUGCCACGCAGUGCUGCUGGCGCGGGCGCACAAGGCGCGCACCCUGGCCCGCCUGCUCCGCCAGACCGCGCUGGCGGCCUUCAGCGACUUCAAGCGCCUGCAGCGCCAGAGCGACGCGCGCCACGUGCGCCAGCAGCACCUCCGCGCCGGGGGCGCCGCCGCCUCUGUGCCACGCGCCCCGCUGCGCCGCCAGCUCAACGCCAAGUGCGCCUACCGGCCGCCGCCGACCGAGCGAAGCCGCGGGGCGCCGCGCCUCAGCAGCAUCCAGGAGGAGGACGAGGAGGAGGACGGUGAGGCGGAGGAGCGCGAGGGAAGAGCCCCUCAGCGCGAGCGGCCGGAGGUGCUCAGCCUGGCCAGGGAACUGAGGACGUGCAGCCUGCGCGGGGCCCCGGCUCCUCCGCCACCUGCGCAACCCCGCUGCUGGAAGGCUGGCCCCAGGGAGCGGUCGGGUCAGGCGCGCUGA